UGCUUGGCCUUGUAGCCCAGUCUGCGCGCUUUAUCGGGCCGGGUUGGGCGGGGGGCCCUGUGGAGCGCAGAGAGCUGGCGAUACUGCCAGCAGCGCACCCGGAGAAGAAAGCGCAUGACGUCGGACUGCUUCUUCCUCCAUAGCUCCUGGAUGUACUUGUACGCACCCAUCUCGGCCUACCCUGGAGACAAAAAACACCAUGCAUUUAAAAUGAGACGACCGCGUCCGUCCAUCUUAGUUCCCCACCCGCCAUAAGGAAACCGGAGACUGAAAAUGGCUCUUCGCGAACUGCAGGGGAUAGCUGCGCCCUAGGAGCACGGCUGUCACCUCUGCGACCCCAGCGCAGGGACUCGGUACAUUUCUGUCGGACGAACGGAUGGCGCUAGAUGGGCAUGGGGGCGGGGAGGCUGCUGAAUGCAGCGGGCGGCGUCCCCAAGGCCCUGGCCUGCAAAGAGACCUCGCUGAUGCCCUAGGGAAGGUACUGUAGCCGCUGCCCCUGAAGGAGGACUCUCGAGGAAAAAGCCCUUACUCCACUCAACCCACAGGCCUCGCUCGCUUUAGGACCCUCUUGGCCCGGCCUUCCGUCCCUCAGCCUCAGGCUUCCUUUCCUUCACGCUCCCGGCCCCGCUCGAAUUCGCGCCGCCAUCACAUCACCGCCCCAGCCCGCCCGGGGGCCGCCUCCGCACGCCCGCGCAGCCCCGCAUCCUGACCGAACUCGCGCCGCACAGGUGGCAGGAGGAGCUCCGAGGACACAGGGUCCCCGAGUCUGGAUGGCUGAGGCAAAGACCGAUGAGCGGCGGAUGGAGCAGCGAAUUCUACCAACACACAGCCUACCUGAUGGCUGCCGCCAGACGGAAAGGAAAGAGCCCUUCUCCCACAAUCCUUUUUGGGCUCCUCCCCCACAGCGGCGAGCCUCUUUCCGGUGGAAGGCUGCGGCUCCCACAGCCUCAUGGGACAUGUAGUUCGGUGCAGCCCGCGGUGGGCGGAGCUCGGCCGGGAUUGGGCGCAGCCUCCCCUCUUAUCCCGCCCCCCGAUCCUCAGGAUUUGAGUUUGAGAGGCUGGGGCGGCCGAGAGGGCGGCAGUCCUCGGGAGGCGGCGGCGGGCGAGCGUCCAAGGCCGUCCUGCAGCCGGGAGGAGGCCGGUCGGGGGCGGGGCUCAGGGGGCCGAAGCCGGGGUGGAAUCGCUCUGCCACAGCGCCGCUGUCUUUGGAGCCUGCGGAGCGGGUGUACAGUGAUCUAUCCUGACAGAAGAUGGGAAAGGGCUGCAAAGUUGUGGUCUGUGGCUUGUUAUCUGUGGGGAAGACAGCAAUUUUGGAGCAGCUCCUUUAUGGGAAUCAUACUAUUGUUGAAAUCUAUGAAGAAAACCUGGUCUCAGUCAGAUAAAUUGUUGGAAGAAAUAGGAGUAUGUUAAUAGCCUUUCCAGGGCAGCCCCCCCGUGGCGCAGCAGUUUAGCGCCACCUGCAGCCCGGGGCGUGA